UUUUGACAGUUUACAUAUAGUCAAUUUGGCGUAGAGCGUGUAUUUCACAGCAAUUGAGUAUUUUUGCAUAAAAUUAAUUUUUCAUUAGUAAAAGUAAAGUAAUUGAAUUGCAAUGGUAACACAAGAAUUUCAAGCUAUAAUUUUGGCAGCAGGGCAGGGUACGCGACUACCCGAAGUGUUGGCUGAUUCGCCAAAAUGUUUGCUGCCCAUCGGACCGUAUCCAUUGAUAUGGUACCCUUUGAAUAUGCUCCAACAGCACAACUUUCAGGAGGUAAUUAUUGUGGUAUUGGAAAGUGAGCGAACCGAGAUUCAGCAGACCCUGGAACGUGCACCUCUGAAGAUAAAAAUGGAUUUUGUGGCUAUUGAUAGUGAUAGUGACUUCGGAACGGCUGAUAGCUUGCGUCUUAUUCACGAUAAAAUUAAGUCUGACUUUCUGGUAUUAUCCUGCGACAUUGUGUCAAAUGUAAGUUUGUUUCCUCUCAUAAAUAAAUUUCGUCAACACGAUGCCGCAAUGGCUGCAUUGCUUUUUAAAAGCGGCUUCGAAUCGGAUGUAACAUUACCAGGUCCAAAAACAAAGCACAAACCGGAACGGGAUCUAAUUGGUAUUCAUCCUGAAUCAGAUCGCUUACUGUUUCUUGCAUCGACUAGUGAUUUCGAAGAAGUAAUGAGCGUAAAUGCCCAUUUGCUGCGUAAGAAUGGGAAAAUGACUAUAUUCUCUAGGUUGGUGGACUCCCAUAUUUACGUAAUGAAGAAAUGGAUAAUCGACUUUCUUCUAAAGAAAGAAAAUUUCUCAACACUUAAAGGAGAGUUCUUGCCUUACAUUAUAAAAAAGCAAAUGUCGAAGAAAUCGGGAAGCUCUGUAGCUGCGCCGGAUAUGCAUUCGGAAGUCGGUGUGAACUUAAAAUCAGAAAAUGAUAUUUUCCAUUAUGCCGCAAAUUCACAGCUAGAACAGCGUAUCCAGAAGGCGACUUUGUUUAAUGAUUCGCGAGUCAAGGAACCCUACAAUGGCGAUUUAAUACGAUGUUAUGCUGUGAUAGCACCUAAAGAUAGUAUUGGUGUUCGAGUAAACACAACUUUAAGCUUCUUUGCCAUUAAUAGAAAGAUCUCCAACGUUUGGUCGCAAUUCUUUAAAGAACAAGAACAUGCACUCAUUUCAUCCCAUGCCGUUAUAAACUCAACGCAAACAAAGGAAAUAUCGGUGGGUGAUAGUGCCAAACUAUCUGAAAAGACAUCACUUAAUUUUAGUGUAUUUGGCGCAAACUGUACUAUAAAUCCAAAAAAUAUUAUAAACAAAUCUAUUAUAAUGACAAGUGCUAUUAUUGAGGAGGGUUGCAACAUUGAAAACUGUAUUGUUGGGAGCAGGGCUGUCGUUAAACGGGGUUCUGUGUUGAAGAAUUGCUUAAUUGGACCAAGUUAUGCUGUGGAAGAAGGUACUAAAAAAGAGAAUCAGCAUUUAACGAAUGCUGAUGGUUUCAUGGAAAUCGACAUACAAUAAAAAAUUUAAUUAUUAUAUUAUAAACAUAUUUUUUAAUGGGAGAGGAAACGAUUAAAACUCCACAAAAAACAGCAACAGC